AAUUUUCUGUAUAUAUAUAAAUAAUCAAAUAAAACAGAUAUCAAAUGUGGGUGCUCGCUCUUGUUUGAUUUGUCCUUUUUGUUUUUGGGUUUCCAAAUUCCAAGUGGAGGAGGAUAUUAAAAGAGGAGGAAUGUGAAAAGCGCAGAAAGAUAAAGAAGCAGCUCCCCCCACCCCCCACCAAGCAAAAGCGCAAAAGCUGAAAGAAAGCGCCUUUGAGGAGGAAUGGCAACACCCUUGCAUUUGAGGCUCUUCCAGCCUCUCAACUCCAUUACUCCCUAUCCUUCUUCUUCAGACUUCCGCUUCAAAUCCUUUCACUCUGCAAGCCCUAAUUUCAAUCUUUCUUCUCUCUCAUCUCACAACCACUCAUGUGCUCGACAAAGGACAACCACUCGCUCCGAACGGAAGUGGCUUUGCGGACACUUGAGAAGAGAUCAAGACAUAGAUAGUCGAUCCAAUGAAGACGCCACUGGUGCGCGUAUGUUUGGUUCCGAUGAGGAAGUAGGCACCCAAAUCCCAACACAGGCUCAAUCUGUUGUCGAAGGAUCAGGGGCAGUUAUGGUUUCAGAGUUCAGACCAGUGGCCGAUGUGGAUUAUCUACAGGAGUUAUUAGCCAUUCAGCAACAAGGACCCAGAGCAAUUGGUUUCUUUGGGACCCGGAAUAUGGGAUUCAUGCAUCAAGAACUUAUUGAGAUUCUCAGCUAUGCAAUGGUUAUCACUAAAAAUCACAUUUAUACAUCAGGGGCAUCAGGCACUAAUGCAGCUGUAAUCAGGGGUGCUUUAAGAGCUGAGAAACCAGAGCUGCUUACCGUAAUCUUGCCCCAGAGUCUGAAGAAGCAACCACCUGAGAGCCAGGAAUUAUUGUCAAAAGUCAAGAAUGUGAUAGAAAAGCCUCAAAAUGAUCAUCUACCACUGAUAGAAGCGAGCAGGUUGUGCAACAUGAACAUCAUUUCACAUGUACAGCAAGUUAUAUGCUUUGCGUUUCACGACAGUAGAUUGCUAAUGGAAACUUGUCAAGAGGCCAAAAAUCUCCGCAAAAUUGUGACUCUCUUCUACCUGGAUUGAACAACCACUUCCCCUGUUCAUGAUGUCCAUACAUUUUGAGUGAGAGAGAGGGAGUGAGAGCGCCUUAUAUUUUUGUUUGUAUAAAAUUAGAUGGAAGCGACCGAACCACAUGCCUUUGUAGAAUGAAAUAGUGAGGGAGUUAAUUAUUGUUCAUUCCUUGGAAGAGGUGUAUUCUGUUUAGUAUAUAUAUUUUUUUGGGUAAAUUACACAAAACUACUCAAUUAUGAGUUUGAAUCAUAAUCUCAUACCCUAUGUUUUAAACAUUGCAAUGUCA